ACACGGAAGUAGAAAAAACAAAGUACAGGACAAUUCGGUGUAUAGAUGUUACACGUCACUGAACUGAAACGUUCAGUUUGUCGGUUUAGUCAUCGAACGUUUAUUAUAUAGCCAAAAUGGAGAAGAAGAGUGACGUGGUUGUAGCCACAGAGAGAUACGGCAGCACAGGAUUCUGGAAAUAUGUUGCCAAGAAUGGAAUAAUAGAGAGAAGAAGAGAUGAGAGUGAAAGUGUUGGAAGGAGAGGAAAUCCUGUUGUUGGAGUAUUUAAACGUGUGUUUCUGCCUCAAGGCUACCCAGAGAGUGUCAGUGGUGACUAUCUGCAGUAUCAGUUUUGGGACACUGUUCAGGCUUUCUCCAGCUCUUUGUCAGGGACGUUGGCCACUCAGGCCUCUCUCAGAGGAAUCGGUGUUGGAAACCAAGAGGCCACCGUUGCUGCAGCCACAUUCACCUGGUUACUUAAAGGAACAUGUAUAAUCCUUCUUGCAGAUGGAACAGGAAUGUUGGGCAGAAUCCUCUUUGCCUGGCAGAAAGGAAGUAAACUGGACUCCGAAGCCAAAAAAUGGAGGCUUUUUGCGGAUGUUCUCAAUGACAUUGCCAUGUUCAUGGAGAUACUGGCUCCUUACUUUCCUGCAUUCUUCAUUUUUAUUGUGUGCACUGCCGGAGUUUUUAAGUCCAUUGUUGGAGUAGCAGGUGGAGCCACUAGAGCUGCUCUCACUGUUCACCAGGCUCGCAGAGACAACAUGGCUGAUAUCUCUGCCAAAGAUGGCAGUCAGGAAACUUUAGUAAAUUUGGCCGGACUACUGGUCAGCUUGGCACUCAUUCCCCUUGUCACCAACAACCCUAUGCUGACUCUCCUUCUCUUCUUCCUUUUUACUGUUCUUCACCUCUUUGCCAAUUACAAGGCCGUUCGAUCGGUUAUCAUGGAAACCUUCAAUGAGGCACGGCUCUCCAUAGUGUUUCAGCAGUAUCUGGAAGACAAGCAAAUCCUCAGUCCACAGGAAGCUAAUCUGAGAGAGCCUGUCUUCUUGGAGUUUAGAAAAAUGGUGCAAAUCAAACUUGGAGUGAGAUUACAAGAGGUUGUGAAGUGCUCACAGGAACUUGACUUGGCUCUGAAGAACAACAGAUUGCCUUUUCUGCUAGGAGUGCAUAAUGGGUGUGUUUGUGUAUGUUUGGGACCAAAGGCCUCAGUGUGUGAUGAAAUCAGAGCCAUGUGCCAGGCUGUGUGGCUCAGCAACAUGUUGAGUCAUCAGACACAGCAAAAGCAAAGUCACUGGGAAAUGGUACGCGAGAGUCACAAACUAAUGGACAAAGUUUUUGAUCCAUUUAUCAAAGGUGUGGUGGCUGCAGGAUGGGAUACGGGAAGAACUCUCCUGGACUGGGACGAGUGGAGGGUCGAGUGGAAAUCAAAGAGCAGUUAAGCCAAGGAGUAAUUCAAACAGAUUAUAACUCUUUAUAUAUCAUUACCUUUUGUUGAAUAAACUGUAUUUUGAUUUUCUA